AUGACCAAACUCAAGAAAAUCAUCCUCAUCGGCGCCUCCGGCUCCAUCGGCACCCCCAUCCUCGAAGCCCUCAUCCGCGCUAAAUCCUCCUUCGACGCAAUCGCAAUCCUCACCCGUCCCUCCUCCGCCCCCCAAUUCGACAAAAUCUCCUCCGAACACGGCAUAAAAAUCCUUACCGUCGCCUCCUACGACAACACCUCCGACCUCACCGCCGUCUUCGCGGGGUACGACACGGUCAUCGCAGCCCUCGGUGCCGCAGCGUUGGAUACGCAGCUCAAACUCAUCGAUGCGGCUGUUGCGGCGGGUGUGGAGCGUUUCUACCCAUCUGAAUUCGGGACUGCGACCGAUUCGCCGGCGUUGGGGGAUGAACCCAUCUUUGCCGAUAAACGCAAAAUCCAAGCCUACCUCCUCCGCCAAGCAUCAUCAUCAUCAUCCUCCACCAACAACAACAAACUCUCCUUCACCGCUCUCCAAACUGGAUCAUUCGCAGACUGGGCAUUGGCGAACGGCUUCAUCGGAUUCGACAUCAACGCAAAGACGGCAAAAUUCAUCGAUGACGGAACUGCCGUGGCGAGUUUCACAAGUUUGAGGGAUAUCGGUGACGCGACCGUAACCUCCCUCCUCCACCCCGACGCCUCCAAGAAUGCGUUCAUCCGUGUCCAAGGCUUCGCCGCAUCUCAGCAAGAUAUCCUCAAAGUCCUCGAAUCCGAAACCAACUCCAAAUGGAAAGUCACCAAGACACCUAUCUCAGACGUCCUCAAACGCGCAGAUGAGGCAUUGGAGAAGAAGGAUUUCACGACGUAUGCCGUUAGUAGGAUCCAAGCCGUUCUUUGGGGUGGGAAUGGCGCGUUUGAGAAGGAUGAGAUUAGUAACCAGAAGAUUGGGUGGGCUCCGAAGGAUGAUCUUCAUGCUGUCGUAAAGCAGGUUUUGGCCAGCAAGUGA